AUGCCAAGGUUCGGAAGAAAAAUUGAAAAAGAAAUCAGUAGAUUCUUUGGAAGACGCAAAAAGUCCCCACCACCGCCACCACCUCCGCCGCCUCCUCCACCGCCACCGCCGCCACCACCGCCACCGCUGCCUCCUCCUCCUCCUCCUUCACCACCACCGCCACCGCCUUCUCCCCCGCCUCCUCCUUCAUCACCACCAAAGCCUCAGAAGGUAUUAAACACUCCAUUUCUCUUCCCUCAAGUUCAAUCCACAAUUGUCCCUGAUCCCUCCAAGUUCUUCGUCCCUAGCCUUCUUUCAACCCCACUUCCUACUAACUCCUUUUUCCAGAACUUCGUUCUCAACAAUGUCGAACCUGAAUACAUUCAUCCCUACAUCAUUAAACCCUGUCUCUCCUCCCUUUCUCUCUCCUACCCAUCUCGCUCCUCCACCUCUACUUUUAUUUCACAGAUUUUCACCGCUGAUCUCACCAUCUCUGCCUCAGAGGUAACUGAUCAUCAUUCCCAGAAGACGCAUGUAAUCUCUUCCUUCAGUGACCUUGGUGUCACUUUGGAAUUUCCCUCCUCCAAUAUGCAAUUCUUUCUUGUUAGAGGAAGUCCCUUUUUAACUGUAAAUGUGACGAAUCAAACAGUAAUUUCAAUUUCCACUGUUCAUUCUAUCCUUUCGCUUUCUUCCAAUAAUGCCUCGCUCACCAAAUAUACCCUUCAGCUCAGCAAUGGUCAAACAUGGCUUAUAUACACCUCAUCACCCAUUGGUUUGAACCACGAUCCCUCAAAGAUUACAUCUGAAGAGUUUUCGGGGAUAAUCAGGAUAGCUCUGUUGCCAGAUUCGAAUCCAAAACUUGAAACGAUCCUUAAUCAGUUCUGCUUUUGUUAUCCUGUAUCUGGGGAUGCCACAUUCAGAAUGCCAUUCUCUUUGGAAUAUAAAUGGGAAAAGAGAGGUUGGGGAGAUUUGUUAAUGUUAGCCCACCCUCUUCAUCUUCAACUUCUAUCUGCUAAUGACUGCGAAAUUACUAUUCUAAAUGAUUUCAAGUACAGAAGCAUCGAUGGUGAACUUGUUGGAGUCGUUGGAGACUCAUGGGUAUUGAAGACAAAGCCUGUUCCUAUUACUUGGCAUUCAACCAGAGAAAUCAACCAAAAUUCUUAUGAUGAGAUUGUUUCAGCACUUUCUGAAGAUAUCGAUGCUUUGAAUAACCCAUCAAGAACAAAAACAAUACCACCAUCUUGCUAUUUUUCUGGGAAAUCAAUUGCAAGAGCAGCAAGGUUAGGUUUGAUAGCUGAAGAAAUGAGUUUUCCAGAAGCCAUUCCUGCAGUAACCCAGUUCUUGAAAGAGACCAUGGAGCCAUGGUUGGAUGGUACUUUUGAUGAAAAUGGCUUUUUAUAUGACACAAAAUGGAAAGGAAUCAUCACAAAACAAGGCUCUAAAGAUGCAGACGAAGAUUUUGGUUUUGGAAUUUACAAUGAUCACCAUUACCAUCUAGGAUACUUUCUAUAUGGAAUAGCAGUUCUUGCAAAGAUUGAUCCAGCCUGGGGAAGAAAGUACAGACCACAAGCUUAUUCAUUAAUGGCAGAUUUCAUGAACUUGGGAAGAAAAUCAAACUCAAACUAUCCUCGAUUAAGAUGCUUUGAUCUGUACAAGUUACACUCUUGGGCUGGAGGCUUAUCUGAAUUUGCAGAUGGAAGAAACCAAGAGAGCACAAGUGAGGCCGUGAACGCAUACUAUUCAGCAGCAUUAAUGGGUUUAGCAUAUGGUGACACCAAUCUGGUAGCCAUUGGAGCAACAUUAACAGCUCUUGAAAUUCAUGCAGCAAAAACAUGGUGGCACGUGAAGAAGAAAGAGACAGCAGAUUAUAAGAUGUUGUACGAGGAAGAAGAGUUUACAAAAGAGAACAGACUUGUCGGUGUUUUAUGGGCCAACAAGAGAGACAGUGGACUCUGGUUUGCUCCUCCUCAAUGGAGAGAAUGCAGAUUGGGGAUUCAAGUUCUGCCAUUAUUGCCAAUCACUGAGGUGUUGCUCUCUGAUGUGGGAUUUGUGAAGGACCUUGUUGAAUGGACAUUGCCUGGUUUGAGAAACAGGAAAGGUGUUGCAGAAGGUUGGAAAGGAUUCGUUUAUGCCAUGGAAGGAGUUUAUGAUAAAGAAAGCGCAUUGAAGAAGAUUAGAAGCUUGAAAAGUUUUGAUGACGGCAACUCAUUCUCUAAUUUGCUAUGGUGGGUUCAUAGCAGAGGUGAUCGACCAGAAGAAGAUGAGUAUGGUCAUGAAAAAUAUUCCUGGUUUGAUCAUUACUGUAAUUAA